AUGUUGCACUGUUUAAAAUGCGCUUCUGCAAUAGUAGAAAAUGAGCAAUAUUACAUUGCUGGAGAUAUGGGUCCAGAAAUCAUUACCAUUCUGGAAAAUGCAGAUCAAUUGAUGGAUGAAAAUGGACCAAUAUGUUCACAAUGUUUUGCAAACAUAUUGCAAGAAUUAUCUGUCGGUUCAAAUCUUGAAAAUGAGCUCCAGCGCCCUAAUGCCAAUACUAUCAAUAUAUUGUGUGUUUGGUGUCAACGAAGACUAGGUAGCGGACGUUGUCAUUCUGUUUCAGAGGGGCCUGAGAGAUAUUAUAUCUCUGAAAGAAUUUCUCCAAGACAAAUACCUGAAGGUGCAGUGGUUUGUCAUCUUUGUUGGACAAAAACUCAACAAGAAUUACGUAGACAAGGAGUUUCAUAUGUGCCAUCACCUAAUACAAUUUUUUGUAUAUGGUGUCUUCGGUCACUUGCCAACACACGCAGGCACUCAAUACCAGAUGGCCCAGAACGAAAUGAAAUUAUAGCUAGGAUCCAUCCUAGAAGAAUUCCUCCUGGCGGAUGUGUCUGUUAUGCGUGCUGGAUUGCAGCGUGUAGAAAUGUGCAAAGAGCUGCUAAUAUUGAGGAAGGGCAGCAAAAUCCAGAACCUUCAUAUCAAAAUUAUGGAGCAGACUGUGUUUGGUGUAAAAUAACUUUAUUUCAAAGGCAAGUUCGUAUUUUACGUGACGGCCCUGAAAGGGAUAUAGUGUCAGAUAAUAUUUAUCCCAAUGAGUUACCAGAACAUGCCCUCUUGUGUAUUGAUUGCUGGGCACGGGCACAAGAACAUGUGCAAAUUGCUGAAGGCAGUGUAGUGCAGCCUGCUGGAACAACAAAUCCUUCGAUAAGCCUGGCAGAUGAUUAUAAGCAUACACCAAAUUCUAGCAGACAUUGUUUCGUUCCAUUUUGUACCAACCCUGAGAGGCUCAAUGUGCCAGAUUUUUUAAGGAAGAGGAUUUUGCAAUCAACAAAAAUAUAUGUCACAGAAAAUUGCAGAAUUUGUGCUGAACACCAAACUACCUAUAAUUGGGAGUUUUUAGAAGAAAAUGAAUUCUCAAGUAAUUUCACACAGGCAGAAAUAAAAUCAAUGUUAAACCUCAGUCUAUGUCAAGACUUAACCAAUAAUAAUUUGGACUUUGAAAGGUUUAAUGAAUUCGACGAGAAUGUUUUUAAGUACUGGACUGGCCUCACUAAAGAAAAUUAUUUGAUUAUUUUAAAUCAAAUUAGUCCAGCAUUGGGUUGUAAAUUUCAAAAAACGGCGUUGGGUGCAUAUUUAAUUAAAAUAAGAACAGGGGAUUCCCAUGAAAGAAUUUCCUCUCUGUUGGGUAUUAGUAAAACCGAACUUGUCAGGCUACUCCAAAGAGCUCGAGAAGCUUUAACAAGUUUGUUCGUGCCCCACCACUUGGGGCUUAAUCACAUUACUAGAGAUGAUCUGAUAAGCAGGAAUUUAUUAAUACCUGAGGGCUUAUUCGGUAACAGAGAAGAGAGAAAGCCAAUAGUCAUAUGCGAUGGAACAUACAUAUACCUACAAAAAUCCUCUAACUAUUUUUUUCAGAAAAAAACAUAUAGCUUGCACAAAUAUCGCAAUUUAGUUAAACCAUUUUUACUAGUAGCUACUGAUGGUUAUAUCCUGGACAUUUUUGGCCCUUACCCGGCAAUUGAUUCUGAUGCCAGUAUUAUGAAAGCCUUAUUCCAAAAUGAAAAUGGCGAUUUGCGCCUGUUUUUUAUGGAAAAUGACAUUUUCAUUUUGGACAGAGGCUUUCGGGAUGCUAUUUCUUUUCUCGAAGAAUUGGGCUAUGUAAUACAUAAGCCAUUGAAUUGUGAAGAAGGAGAGGCUCAAUUAUCGACGAUUAAUGCUAAUAAAUCCAGAUGUGUCACCUUGUGUAGAUGGGUAGUAGAGGUGGUGAAUGGAAGAUUAAAAAGAGAUUUUAAAUUAUUCCGACAGGACCACUUCAACGCAGCUGCCACCCAUCUAAUGGACGAUUUGCGUAUUUGUGCAGCUAUGAUUAAUGCUUUCCAUCCAGUUAUUGUUGAUAGGCCGGAUGACCAGGUGAUACUAAAUCGUGCACUACAAAGGCUACAUAUGCCAAAUGAAUUGGCAGAAUUAAUUGUAGCCAAUAGAAUUAACAGAUAUCGAGCCCAUUUCACAAGAAUUGACGCACAACUUCCAGAAUUAGAUAUUUUUCCUGUAAUGACUAUGUCUGAUCUCAAAAUUUUUGGAUUAGGGACAUACCAAAUUAAGCAGGCAAGAAGCUAUUAUGGGGAACAUAUAAGACAGCAUGGUUCAUUUCAGGUGGAAAUAUCUAAUGAUCUGGAAGUUGUGACCCAAUUAAUAUCAUCCCAACAAGACGCUGUUUUAAUAAGAGGCCGCAUAAAAUCUCGCCAUCACUCGGGCAGAGCCUAUUAUACAUAUAUACUGUUGGCGAGACAAGAAACAAGUUGGGAUAAGAUGAUUGCAGGAUAUUAUUGCAGUUGCACUUCUGGACAACGGACAGUGGGUUGCUGUGCCCACAUAAUGACCGUUGUCUGGUAUUUGGGAUGGGCUCGGUAUCAAAAUUCCAUAACCGCACCGGCCUCAAUUCUGGAUGGCAUUUUAGUAAGAGAGGAUUUUGAAGUAGGAUAA